AUGGCUGAAGCAUCGAAUGAAAAGAUUUCCAAGAACGAAUUAAAACGUCGAUUAAAAGCUGAACAAAAAUUAAAGGAAAAGGCCGAAAAAGUAGCUCAACAGCCUGCAGUAAACGCGGAAAAGAAAUCAACUAAAUCUGAGGAGGAAAUCAGUCCUAAUGAAUAUUAUAAGCUCCGAACGGGAGCAAUUGCUGCUCUUAAAAAUGGAGCUAAAGAAGAUCAUCCGUAUCCUCACAAAUUCGUUGUUACGAUAUCGUUGGAAGAGUUCAUCGAAAAAUAUAAUAAUUUAGGCAAUGGAGAGGUGUUAGAGAAUGUCACUGUGUCAGUUGCUGGCAGAAUUCAUUCGAUAAGAGAAUCUGGAGCUAAACUUAUAUUUUAUGAUUUAAGAGGAGAAGGUGUAAAGCUUCAGGUAAUGGCCAAUGCCAAAUUGUAUGAAUCUGAAGAAAAAUUUGCACAUGACACUGAUAAACUUAGACGAGGAGAUAUUAUUGGAUGUGUUGGAAAUCCUGGUAAGACUAAAAAAGGAGAGCUUUCAAUUAUACCAAAAACAGUCAAAUUGCUUUCUCCGUGUUUACAUAUGCUUCCACAUCUUCACUUUGGCCUUAAAGACAAGGAGACAAGAUUUAGGAAAAGAUAUUUGGAUCUCAUUUUAAAUGACAAGGUUAGGCAAACAUUUUACACAAGGGCAAAAAUAAUCUCUUAUGUCAGGCGAUUUUUAGAUAACAUGGGAUUUUUAGAAAUAGAAACUCCAAUGAUGAACAUGAUUCCUGGAGGAGCCACAGCAAAACCUUUUGUGACCCAUCACAAUGAUCUUGAUAUGGAUCUUUAUAUGAGAAUAGCUCCAGAGUUGUAUCAUAAAAUGCUUGUUGUGGGUGGUUUAGAUCGUGUCUAUGAAAUUGGUAGGCAAUUCAGAAAUGAAGGUAUAGAUCUCACUCACAAUCCCGAGUUCACAACAUGUGAAUUCUAUAUGGCAUAUGCAGAUUACAAUGAUCUCAUAAGCAUUACUGAAACAAUGAUAUCUGGAAUGGUUAAGAGCAUCCAUGGUACUUACAAGGUAAAAUAUCACCCGGAUGGUCCAGAUGGUGAAGAAGUAGAAAUUGACUUCACUCCACCUUUUGCCAGGGUUCCUAUGAUUGCUACACUUGAAAAAGUUUUAAAUGUAAAACUUCCAUCACCUGACAAGUUGCAUACAGAAGAAGCAAACAACCUACUCAGUCAGCUAUGUGAAAAACAUGAAGUUGAAUGCCCUCCACCAAGAACAACAGCAAGACUUUUAGACAAGUUGGUUGGAGAAUUUCUUGAAGAUAAAUGUGUUAAUCCUACAUUUAUUUUGGACCAUCCUCAAAUCAUGAGUCCUUUGUCCAAAUACCAUAGAGAAAUACCUGGACUCACUGAAAGAUUCGAGCUAUUUGUGAUGAAAAAAGAAAUAUGUAAUGCAUAUACAGAAUUGAAUGACCCAGCAACUCAGAGGGAACGUUUUGAACAGCAGGCUAAAGACAGAGCAGCAGGCGAUGAUGAAACUCCACCAACCGAUGAAGCAUUCUGUACAGCCCUUGAAUAUGGACUUCCACCCACAGCAGGAUGGGGUCUUGGAGUUGAUCGUCUGACAAUGUUCUUAACAGAUGCUAAUAAUAUCAAGGAGGUGUUGUUAUUCCCAGCUAUGAAGCCUGAUGAUCCUAAUAAGCAUAAUACUGAAGAAGAAUCUUCUGCAAAAGAGCCAAUUCAGAAUGGAGUU